CAGAUGCCGUGCGCAAAAGUAGGUGUCGUAGUUGUUUACUCGCUGUGUAACUGGUGUAACGUCGGUGUAGCACAACUGCGUCGUACCUUGUCAAGCUCUUUCCUUCGCAAUAUGCCGUCAAGCAAAGAGCCGUCAUUCUCAAGAGGGCCACAAACCCUACGUGUUCCAAAAAAGCUGCAUACGUUGAAUCAACAGCGGUUGAGCAGCCAACUCCGAAGACAUCCUGACGUGUCAGACGGUAGUUUCGUCUUGCUUCGGGGAGGUGAAUCCGCGACGAGGCACUGUUCGGACCACGAACCCGUUUUUCGACAAGAAUCUUAUUUCCACUGGGCUUUCGGAAUCGAGGAACCCGAUUGCUACGGCGCGAUCGACGUGCAAAAUGGCACAUCCAUCGUAUUUGUGCCCAAGCUUCCUGACUGUUACGCAAUUUGGAUGGGAAAACUAUGCACCCCUGAAGAAUGCGUCGAGAAGUUUGGCGUCGAUGAGGUUGCGUACGUUGAAGACAUGGUCGAUGUACUGAGGGCGCGAAAUGCGAAGGUGCUGUUGACUCUGCGCGGCAGGAGCAGCGAUAGCGGCAAAAUGAGCACGGAAGCUACGUUCUCUGGAAUCGAAAACUUCAAGGUGAAUAGCAGCGUCCUGUUUGAGGUGAUCGCAGAAUGCAGGGUGUUCAAGACCCCGCUUGAGCUGGACGUUCUGCGCUACACCAACCGCAUCAGCAGCGAAGCUCACAAAGAAGUCAUGCGUCGCAUUCGACCAGGCAUGAAAGAGUACCAGCUCGAGUCCAUCUUCCAACACUACUGCUACUACAACGGUGGCGCCCGCCACUGUUCUUACACGUGCAUAUGCGGAACGGGCCCCAACGGCGCCAUCCUCCACUACGGCCACGCGGGCGCCCCCAACGAGAGGACCGUAGAGGAUGGGGACAUGUGCCUCUUCGACAUGGGGUGCGAAUACUACUGUUACGCGUCCGACAUCACGUGCUCGUUUCCCGCAAACGGAAAAUUCACUCCGGACCAGAAGAUCAUCUACAACGCAGUCCUGAAGUCUAGUCGCGCCGUGAUGGCCGCAACAAAGCCCGGUGUCAGCUGGACGGACAUGCACUUGCUUGCGGAGCGAACCAUCUUGGGAGAGCUAAAAGCGCACGGGCUGCUUAAAGGCAGCGUAGACGACAUGAUGAAAGCGCGCCUGGGCGCAACAUUCAUGCCGCACGGGCUGGGACACUUCAUGGGAUGCGACACGCACGACGUCGGCGGGUACCUGUCCCACUGUCCGCCAAGGUCGACGGAGGACGGGCUGAAGAGUCUGCGGACAGCGCGGACGCUGAAAGCGGGAAUGGUGCUGACGAUCGAGCCCGGAUGUUAUUUCAUCGACUGCCUGCUGACGAAAGCGUUCGAGAAGGGAGAGCUUUCGGUUUUCCUCGUUCCAGAAGCUAUCCAGCGUUUUCGUAAGUUUGGAGGAGUCCGGAUAGAGGACGACAUUGUCGUAACGGAAAACGGCAUGGAGCUCAUGACCGACGUACCGCGCACAGUUGAAGAGAUUGAAGCCCUAAUGGCAGAAGGUCGUAACGAACACCAGUGAAAACCAGCCAUGAAAUUCGUUGAGCGUAGCCUGAUUUGUAUGAGAACUGGAAGAUUUUAUUUUAUGUUCAGAGUUGAAAACGCCACAUAUACAUGGUAUUAUAUUUACCUUUGCUCACUUAUCUGCAUGUUCCAUACUGCUUAUUUACCAUUUAUUAUAUAUUUGGUGCCCAACCAAGGCAUGCGCAAUGUGACAGGGCGCUGCAGUGAGAAAUCACGGAGUCGUGGACUUUGUGAUGAGAUUAGAGCUAUCGGAGCUGUUGGGGUAGCACUUUACGUAAGCAUGGACGUAUCUAGCAACCCAAAGUGAGUGAAAUUGUCAGACCACAACAUGAAGGAGAGAAGAAAGCUUUUUUUAAAUUUUUUAUCUAUUUUGAUCAUUCUAUUAUGUGUACCACUUUACUAAUAAAAAAACAAUAUGUGUCCGGUGUGUUGGGCACGCGUUUUACGA